UCCGUUUCGGUUGUCGCCAUGUUAGAUAAAUCGUAAUCGAAAACGUAAACGGAAAAGAAAGUGGAUUUAAUUUGUGAAGAAAAGAUCGUCAAAACCGCUUGUUACUCCUAAAAAAAUAUUUUCGCGUUAUGUGAUUUUUUUAUUCUGUGUUUUCAUUUAAAUUGCUUUAAUAGAAUUUAAAAAUAUGGCUUUGUCUACCACUGAACCUCAGCGUUCUUUUCGCCUAUAUGUAACCUAUGUGGAUGGAGAUGGACACUUUCUGAAAAUAAGUGGGCAACUGGAUCAACAAUCUUCGUUGAUGAUAGAGAGCCUAUUUCAAACAGCAAGUGUUAAUUUAGAAAAAGGCAUAGGAGCGGUUCCGCCGGCAGCUAUACAUGAAGGCAUAAUUUGUGCCGCGAAAUACAAAGAUGGAACUUACUAUCGAGCUAAAAUUAUAAAUACCACUAAUCUUGCUACAGGCUUAGUAGGUGUACAUUUUAUUGAUUACGGUAACAAAGAUAUAAUUUCUCUUAGUACUAUACGCUUCUUAGAUAACUAUGAUCCUAUGUUCCUUCAACUACGUGGUCAGGCUACCGACUACUAUCUCUCACGUAUUAUGCACCCAGCAGGGAGAUGGGAGGAAGCACUUUUAUUAAAAUUACAAAGUUUGCUUUGUUAUGCUGAAUAUCCAGCUACAAUUGAAGCUCAUACUAGAUCAUUACCAAUAAUUUCGAUCCAGUUUAAAGGUAAUGAUUUAUCCACUCACCUUGUAUCUAAUAAAUUUGGUUUGGCUUUGCCAGUUGCUAAACAAGAAGUCCUACUAUUACAAAUGAAUGAAAAUCAACCGGGUCCUAAUUGGUCACCAAGUUUACUAAAUGAACAACCCUCAUUCACAGAACAUGUUCCAUUUCUAAUCAAUCAAAACUUUCCAAAUCCUGCUGUGGCUAUGAGAUUAAACCAAACAGUUACAAUGCCAUUUAAUGGAGCACCACCAUCUUCAAUAAAUCAAAGAUUACUGGUUAAUAAAGCUUCCAGAAAUAUAGUAAACCUUCGAGCCCCUGUUCGUCAACCACAACAUCAUCAACCGUCAUCAGUUCCUAUGUCAGCAUCACCAUCUCCUGUAUUAAAGGGACCACCAUCACCUAAGAAAUCUAUUACUUACAAAAGCAAGCUGCUCGAAGUCAAUUCUUCUCAUAAGGUUUUUGUCUCAUAUGCUGAGGAAGGUCCAGAACUGUUUGCGGUCCAAUUGGCAACAGAUGCAAACAAAUUGCAAGACAUGAUGGAUGAUAUUAAUAGAAGGCCCCACAGCAGUCUGACAGAGCCACCAAUGAUUGGAACUGUAUGUCUCGGUAGAAUGUCUGGAGAUAGAAUUAUAUGCAGAGCCAUUGUCAUGAAUCUUUCUGGAUCACAAUGCAAGCUAUUCUUUGUUGACUUUGGUGACACUGAAAUGGUUUCAUACUAUGAUAUAUUUGACAUUCCGGAAGAGUUUGUGAAGCCUAAUGUUUUUGCAAUGAGAUUUUGUCUGUCUGGAGUUAAAAAACUUGAGAAGGGUCCAUACUUGAAUGAGGCAUUCAAACAGCUUGUCAAUGGAAAAAUUUUAACACUAAAAGUUGUAGCACCAGAGGGGCCUCCAUUGAUUCAAUAUGGGGAACUAUACAUUGACAAUAAGAACAUUUUGGAUUUGUUGCUGGCUAACAUGAAAGAUAAGUUGCAAUUUAGAUGGCUGCAGAUGUUACCACUAGGCAGUAAGCAGUCAGUUUUGGUGUCAUAUGUUGAUAGCUGCAUAAAAUUCUAUGUGCAGUUAUCUGAUAAGAUUGAAGAGUUGAAUGCUGUGAUGGAAGCUGUUAAGAUCCACUGUGAAAAUACAUCUUCACCAGGAGCCCUUCCUGUAGGGGCAGUGUGCUGUGCUAGGUUCCCCGAUGAUGAUAACUGGUACCGUGCCAUGGUUAGGGGUACCAAGGGAGAUAAAAUUGUGGUAGCUUACGUUGACUAUGGAAAUGAACAGGAAGUGGCCAUAGCUGAUGUGAGGACAAUCACCCCUGAUUUGAUUCAACUACCAGCACAGGCUAUGAAAUGUGCUUUGAAAGGCUUUGAAAACAAACCAGUAGAAACGAAAACAUCAAAUCAACUGGAAAUGCUGGCAUUAGAGAAGACCCUGAUGGCUCAUGUUGUAGGCAUGCUGUCCAAUGAUACAAUGCUUGUGACACUGAUUGACGACAGUGUGAGCCCACCCUUGGAUGUAGCGAGAAGGAUGAAUCAGCUGUCUCAGCCAAGGAGCACUGGGUUGGAGAGUAAAGCUCCUGCACCCCCACGCAAAGAAGCAUCCGAGAUAUUCAGUUCGCCAGAAGGAAGUAUCCCUGAUGAUGGACGGAAGAAGAACUUCAGAAGGGAAAAGAGUUUCAGGGAUGAUAAGAAAUCAAUGGAUGGGGAUGAGUUUGGGCAACACGGUAGCAGUUUCCGUGGAAGAGAUCAAAAGGAUGGCUUCGAAAGAUCGGGACCGGGCCGCCAUAGCGACAAGUACGCUAAGCCGGAUAGAGGUGAUAGACGCGGUAGACCCAGAGACAAUCAAUUCUCGCCGCAACCGGCGCCCGUUGGAGAUGACAGUUGGGAGGAGACCACACAGCAACCCGUGCAGUCGCCGCCAUUGCGACACAAUAGGGAAAACCAUAGAGACAAACGAAAGUCUCGCGGGGACGACAAAAAGGGUCCCAAAGAUAAGGAUAGCAAGGACAAAGACAAGAAGGAGUCGAGUGUGGGGCGCCGGCUCCGGCAGGUUGCCGAGGCUGCCGGCUCGCACAAGAGCGUGCAGGACAGACUGAGACGUGACCGAUACAACAAUCAAGAUGAUGAGAACAAAAUGGAAGAUAGAAACAACAGGUUCCAAAGAUCAGACAGACGGGACAAUCGUGGGGAGAGGAGAGACAAUUGGGGAGAUAAGAAGGAGAAUUGGAAUCAGAAACGGGAAUUCCGUGAUAAUAGAGGAGAGAGGAGUGAACGUUUCGAACGAAGCGAACGCGGGGGAAGAAGCAAUUUCACUCCACGGGACAGAGCAGAGAGAUCCAACCGUUCCUAUAACUCCGAUAAUGACAAACGAUCAGAGAAAAGUUUCCGCUCUCACGAUAGUAACGAUAGACCUAGUCGCGGACCGCCCUACAAAAGUCGCAACCAAUUCACACCUGUGCCGAGUAAGGAAUUGGCUAAUCCAGUUCCCUUGGACACUCCGUACACAGAACCAACCGUAGAACUCGGCUCGCAACAAGAAGUCUCCGUAACUUGGAUAAUUUCUCCAGAAAACUUCUACACGCAAAUCGUCUCGCUCCAAUCCAAGUUCCUGGAAAUGAUGCACCAGAUCCCAGAACUAUACAAGGGCGUGAAAUCUUAUUCUGGAGAAAUUAACGUCGGCGCUUCGGUUUUAGCGCGAUACCCGGCGGAUAGUGUGCUAUAUCGAGCCACUGUUAUUUCCAUACAACCGUUCUCGAAAUACAUAGUGCGAUACGUCGAUUUUGGGAAUAAGCAGUUGGUUGACGCAAAAGACAUAUGGCAAUUGGAUAGUCAGUUAAUGGAUUUGCCCAUUAUGGCGGUACAUUGCUCGCUAGUGGGAGUUUUGCCGAAGGAUGGGGAGUGGAAAGCGAACACGGACAUAGAUUUGUGUUUCAAUGCUCCACGCUACCAGUGUAUAUUCCAAGAAAUUGCGGAGGAGCAGUACAAGGUGUCGCUGUGGAACAAUGGUGUAAGUGUCGCGGACCUGCUUGUGGAGAAACAGUUGGCCUUGCCGGCAGAGCACCAGUCUGUUACAUUGAAAGACGAAGCCAUCGACCUGACUAUAAUAGUAGGCCAACAAAUAUUGUGCCGCGUUACGCACAUCGAGUCGUACGAAAAGUUCUACGUUCAACUCGACUUGGAUAAGGCGGAUUUAGUUGAAAAGGCCAUCACCACCUUCGACGCUAGCAAGCUGACCCCGCUAGCCGCAGACAGUCUCACGGAAGGCAUUCACUGCACAGUGAAGCACAACAAUAAGAUACAUAGGGCAAUACUGGGGGAUGUAUCUGACACUGCCAACAUUGAGGCCGUGCUGCCAGACUAUGGGAACACUAUACGCACAUCGUUGGAAAACCUAAUGAUUCUACCAACAGAGCUAAGCGUAUAUUACUACCAGUCUUUGGAAUGCACUCUAAAUAACUUCACAGCUGAAUCGAAAACACUCAUUUCUAUGGAAGAAUUGCAAAAGCAGCUCUUGGGAAAUAAAUGCAUCAUUUAUAUUAAUGACGUUGAAGAGAUCAGAUUAAUAUCAACGUUAUACAACGAAGCGUCUGGAAAGAAGAUAGGAAUUUUCGAGCCAGACGAAGGCGCGUACGAUGAAGUGAUCCCGCUGUGUACACGUGCGGUGUUCAACUAUAACUUUGGAGUGGCUUACAUAAGUCAUAUGGAGAAUCUCAAUGAGAUAUACUUGCAGAAAGCCACCGAUACCGACAAGAUUGCGGCUCUUUUGGACGAGCUGUACAAGUUCUAUGAAGAAGGUACACCAGAGCCUCUUGAAAGUUUCGAUGCCGAUGCAUUGUGCGUUGCCAAAUCGUCUGAUGGCAAUUGGUAUCGCGCUACGAUAAUAAGUUCCACCGAAACAGACGCAAAGGUGCAGUUCACUGACUAUGGAAACACAGAAACAAUUGAACAGGGAUCAAUCAAGAAAAUGGAUCCCAAAUUCUAUGAGCCCUGUAGUCUUGCUCUUGUUGCAAGCUUAGGCCUGGUUGCACUAAAUGACGAUGCCUUAACGAAACUCCAAGAAUGGACGACCGAUAAAGAGGUUCAAGUGACCUUAGCUUUCGGUACUGAUGGCUGGCUUGCUAAUCUUCAACUAGAUGGUGUAGAUCUGUCCAUCAAACUCUGUAAUGAGAAGUUAGCCACUCCACAAGUGGCUAGUGAAGAACCAGUUGAAGAGGUCAAAGAGGAAAUACCAGCAGAAGAACCGAUUUCCCUGCCUGAUGGUUGCACUCAAGUGUACAUAAGUCACAUUGAUUCUCCUGGACACUUCUGGCUGCAAAUGGCAGAUAAGGUUGAUAAAAUCGAAGAAAUACAAGCUGAUCUCCAAGCAAACGUAGAAUCAUAUCCAAAUAUUGAAACCAGAGAAAUGGGAACUUUGUGUGUCGCGAAAUACUCUGCGGACGACCUUUGGUACCGUGCAGAGAUAUUGGACUCUGAUUCCGACAUUACAACUGUUCGCUUCAUUGAUUACGGGAACACAGAUGUACUCGACAAUGAGCCAGGAUUAAUAAAAGUUAUACCAGAUAAUUUGAAAAACAUCGAAAGAUACGCCAUCAAGUCGAGUGUGAAUGCCGUUCCAACUGGAACAGGCCAAUGGUCGGAGCCGGCUUCCGAUUAUUUCACACAACUAGUAGGCGAUAUUUCUGUACCAGUUGAUGCUUUAAUAGUGCUAAAAGAUGUAACUACAUAUGUGGACAUUUAUGUCCAUGGACAAAAUAUAACAGAUAAAUUGGUGUCUGAAGGACAUGCAACGAAAUCAGAAGAAACUGAAUGUGGUGAUCUACCCUCGUGUUUCGCUAGUCAUGUUAAUUCUCCGUCCGAAUUUUGGAUACAAUUAGAGAGCGUAGCUCCUGAGCUACAAGCAAUGGAAGCUGCAAUGGUCGAUGCCGAAAAUUUCCCUCCACUCGUUGAUAAGGAAGAAGGAGUUUUAUGUGCCGCUAAAUAUCCCGAAGAUGGUGCUUGGUACAGAGCACAAGUGAUCGUCGACGGCUCGGAAGGCACGGAAGUUUUGUUCAUGGAUUACGGAAACGCAUCCAUCGCAAAUGAACUACGAAGCCUUCCAGAUGACCUUAAAACUAAACCAGCACUGUCCAGAAAAUGUGCCUUACAAAAACCUAGAGAUAUAAAAUCUUGGUCACGUCGGUCAGAAGUCAAAUUCAAUGAAUUGGCAGCGGAAGGUGCAACAAUAUUCAACGUCCAAUUCAUAGCCUCUGGUGAUAUAUCCAUAGUAGAACUGUAUCUGGAAGGCAAAUCGGUUACCGAAGAACUCGUUGGGCUCUGUGAAGAACAACCCGCUUCAGAGAGACCCACACCAGUUGGACAAGAUUUACACACGAGUGGCAAAAUUUGUUAUGUAGAUUCAUUGAACGAGUUCUAUGUGCAGCUCGAUGAUUCUGAAGCUGAUCUGGACAAAGUUACCGAUAAUCUUAGCAAUAGUGCAGACUUCGAACCUAUUGCGAAACUAAAAGUCGGAUCCCUUUGUGCAGCUUUCUGGGCAGAAGACGAACAAUGGUAUAGAGCGAAAAUCUUAGAAUUUUGUGAUGUUGGCAACCAUGUACAAUUUAUUGAUUAUGGUAACAAAGCUAAGUGUGAAGACUUUAGACAGCUGCCUGAAGAUUUAUCGGUUAUCGAGCCGCUCGCUAAAUGUUGCCGCUUAGCUGGCAUCACAGAAGACUUUGCCACAAAUGAAGCUGCAAAAUUAAAAUUAGAAGAUUUAGUUGCUGAGGUCACAACAUUCCAAAUAGAAUUUUUAGAUAGCGCAGCUGAACCCGCUCUAGUGAAGUUAAUUCUAGACGAUAAGGAUUUAGUUUCGAUAUUAUCUGAGGCAACUCCUGCAGCUGAAAGCGAACCGGCGUCCAACGCACAAAUACCUUCGGAUGACGUUGAAAUAGAAGCAACAGUUGUUAAUGAUGCAGUUGACAUUGUUAAUGACUUAGAUUCUUCUCAAGUAGAUUUGAAUGAAAGCAUGGGGAGCGCGAAAACAGUUAUCGAAAACACAUCAUUUACUGAAAAGAGCGAAUUGGCAGAAAAUACCUCAACACCAGAGAAAGAUCUAUCUAACGAUACACUAGAGAAAGAUCUAUCUAACGAUACACUAGAGAAAGAUCUAUCUAAUGAUACACUAGAGAAAGAUCUAUCUAACGAUACACUAGAGAAAGAUUCGUCUAAUGAUACUGUUGAAAAGGAUGCCUCUAAUGAUACUGUUGUAAAAGAUACCUCUGAUGAAUCAUCGGAGCAGGAAAAAUCUUUAAAAACUCCAGAAAGAGAUGACUCCAAGGAGUCUCUCAACACAGACACUGGGUAUACAAGUGAUGGUGAACAAAAAGCUAAAGAAUCUCCUGUAAAACAAACACAAAUUGUAGACGCUAUCAAAAGCGAAGAGAAACUGGAAGAAAACGUGUAAAUAAAAGUUACGUUAAGUAAAAUGCCAAGCAUUUUAUAUUUUAUAUUGUCUGCUAAUUGUUUAUAGGUACUUAUAAAGAUAGCUUAAGCAUUGUAUGCCUAAUGAACAUGACGUACUUUAUCUUUACGUAAUUGUGAUAUGGACGAGUAAGACUUUUAUCAUAUGUAUUGUAUUGUGCGUUUUGUUGUUAUACAGUUUUGUUAACCAGUACGACAGUGAGUGAAAGUAAUUUAUGUUAUGAGUGUUAUUAUAAAAAAUAUUAUCACUUUCAUUCAUACCUUCUCCUUUUAAGAUGCGUUAUAUAGAUACAUACUUGCAUUUUUUUCAUUCAAAAUGUUUUUAAUAUAAGGUUGAACUUUCGUUGUUUUAUGUAAGAUAAUAUUGUAAGUCAUGAUAUAUAAUUGUUUAUAGUUUUAUAAAUACUCAUUUUUUAUUCCUUUUUGGUCUCUUAAAGUUAUUAUAAUUAGUUUAACCAUUCAUAUUUUUAUUUUUGUUACAUUAUGCAUAAUGAGCAUUAUUGCAUAAUUGUACAUUCCCUGUUGUCAGUUCAUAAAUACUUAACAAAAAAAAAAGUCGUCUAUACUGUCAUGCUUAUUGACCUAUCUUCGAAUAAAUAUAAGUUGGACUCGAAAUAUACUAAGAGAAGUUGUGUAACUUUUCGUUUUUGUUUUAAAAUAAAGUUUUUUUU